UCAGAUAGUAAGAAAUAGUCCCUAUCAAACAGGAUCAUAAAGUCUUAUUCAAAGACCAAAUGUAUGAAGAGCUGGUUUGAAUUGGAGCGAGACCUCACCGGCAGCUGGUGUUGCAAAGCAUUGAAGGAGAUAUCCGGCAUGAAGCCAGUGAUUUUCCAUGUAAAGUGGCCAAACAUCCCAGAAACAAAAACCGGAACAGGUACAGAGAUGUGAGCCCCUUUGACCACAGCCGAAUUAAGCUAAACAAAGGUGACAAUGACUAUAUCAAUGCCAGCUUGAUAAAAAUGGAAGAGGCCCAAAGAAGCUACAUCCUUACCCAGGGUCCUCUGCCAAAUACUUGUGGUCACUUUUGGGAGAUGGUUUGGGAACAGAAAAGCCGUGGUGUUGUCAUGCUCAACAGAGUGAUGGAAAAAGGAUCGAUAAAGUGUGCACAGUACUGGCCACAGAAAGAGGAGAAAGAAAUGCUCUUUGAGGAUACAAACUUGAAGUUAACCUUGAUCUCUGAAGAUAUAAAAUCAUAUUACACAGUACGACAGCUAGAAUUGGAAAACCUUGCUGCACAAGAAACUAGAGAAAUUCUGCACUUUCACUAUACCACGUGGCCUGACUUUGGAGUCCCAGAAUCUCCUGCUUCAUUCCUCAACUUCCUGUUCAAAGUGAGAGAGUCUGGCUCACUGAGUCAUGAGCACGGACCUAUUGUGGUGCAUUGCAGUGCAGGAAUUGGAAGAUCAGGAACUUUUUGUUUGGUUGAUACGUGUCUUCUACUGAUGGACAAAAGGAAAGAUCCUUCUUCUGUGGACAUUAAGCAAGUUCUCUUAGAAAUGAGAAAGUACAGAAUGGGGCUUAUACAGACAGCAGAUCAACUUCGUUUCUCUUACUUGGCUGUUAUUGAAGGAGCAAAAUUUAUUAUGGGGGAUGCUUCAGUGCAGGAGCAGUGGAAAGAGCUUUCCAAUGAAGACUUGGACCCUCCACCAGAACAUACUCCUCCACCCCCGAGGCCACCAAAGCGAACAUCAGAAAUGCUCAAUGGGCGGAUGCAUGAGCACACAGAGUUUUUCCCUAAGCACCCCGUGGUAGAAGAGGAGAUCAGAUGUGCAGUCAGCACUGUGGAGGAGAUGGUGCCCGAUGGCUUACCUGUGCAACUGAGUACAGACAGCACUAGUCAAGACACUGAACUGAGGAGGAGAACUUUGGGUGAAAAUCUGUGUGCCUCACCCCACAAAGAAGAGCCAGUGAAGUCAGAAAACUCAGAAGAGGAUGAUGAGAACAUGAUGUCCACUUGGAAGCCAUUUCUAGUGAAUAUCUGUAUGUUCACUGUCCUCACUGCAGGAGCAUACCUCUGUUACCGGGUAUGUUUUCAUUGAUGGACAGGUCGGCAAGAUUCAGUAUACAGAGAACAACCACCAUUUGACCAGUGUGUAAUCUGCUUCUGUGAAAGAAAUCCAAUUGAGGCAUCUGGGCUUUGUCUCAGUGGCAAUAUUUCUUAGGUUGAAAGGCUGGAACUUUUGGUUAGGGCUUAAAGAGAGAAUUGAUGCACUAGGGUUUAAUUUAGCCCUGUGGUCCCAAGAACAUAAUAUUCUAAUCUCAGGGCCUUAAAAUAUUCAGGAGUAAGCAGAGAAAAUGCCAAAUAAGUCUUGUUUUUUCUUUUUCUUUUUUUAUGGAAUAAUAGAAUUACAACACAUUGUUGUUUUUAGCCUUUUUUAAAAGCCAGUUCUUUUUCUUUGUGUUAUUUCAGAAAGAAACUAGGCACAAGUGAAACUUGCUUGUACUCUCCAAGUGUUGUAACCAAAUACAUGAUUUAUAUUAUUACUGAGUUCCCAAAAAGAGAGAGAAUCCACUUAUUUAGAGAAUCCACAUAACUGAAGAAUGUAAACUUUUUGGAAAGGAGAGGGCUCUUUUUUGUCUCCCUUCACCUAUUAAAGACUGAGUUGUGGGCAGUGCCUGUGGUAUUGAAAUAUUUAAUUAUGGCAUAACUGUUCUUAACUAGCUUCUUGUUUUACAGAUCUUUUAAAAACAGGCUUCUGCAUUUGCUCAGGGUAUCCCAACAUGUCAAACAUUUAACAAAAUGUAUUUCCCCAUUGACUUUUUUGUUGCACUCGACUUGCACCUAUGCCUACUUACAUUGUACCAGUCUCUGUAAAGUUGUUUUUACCUUUAUAUUCUGGGGUGGGAGGAGGGGAGAAAAGCAGGAAGGGAAAUUCAACCAAAACAUGUCCACCAGCAUUUUACAGCUGUUCGGUUGGCAUUUAGAAGGACCAGUUUUUAAACUUCAUUUGGAAUGUAAAUAUCCGGUUUCACUCUUAAACCUGUCUUGUAAGGAGAAUCGUGCUUUGUGCACAAACCAGAAGGAGGCGGAGGAUCCUCAAGGGUGAUGCAAGAAACUAUUGGGAAAGCAUUUCAGUCUAUCUAGAGCAAUUAAUGCCAUGGCAGCUUCCUUAAACUUAAAAGGUCAACAGAAGGCAUGUUGAUCUUCGAACGUACCAGUUGGCUUACCAUGAUGCAAGCAAUUGUGUGGGUUUUUUUCUUCUUUUUUAAGCAAAGAUUUCAAUAUUAACUUUGGUUUGGUUUGCAAAUAUGCUGUUAAAUGAUUGCUGGCGUAAGGGGCGUUAAGUGCCUGAGCUCUGCUGAUAUGGGUGUUGCUAUGCUAGCUCAUAGUGAGAGAAGAGCUGGAUGGUGUAGCGUAUCAAUUAGGAUAAUACAACCAAUCAAUGGUGACACAAUUUGGCACGGUUGGCUGUGCCUACUCAAGAGGCCCAGGAUUUGAAUGGGGUUAGUGCACUAGCAGAGUAGUGACUGGAAGCUUGCAUAGCACUAAACCUAAUUCUCAUCAAUGCUGUUAGAUCUUUCCUAUCAUGAGUACCAAAUUUGUACAUUUUAAACAAUAAUAGAGAAAAAAAUCUUUGCUCAUAGGGCAGAGAUCACAAGCAAAUUCACUGCUUAAAACGGUAGUGGUUCUAGCUAAACCAUGAUGACUGAUCUGCAAGUGUUACUAAUCAGUGCUUUUAAAAUGCAUUCUAGUUGUAUAGCACUUAACCACCAUUCUCAGUGUAAACUUUAUGGAGUAUAUUGUGUAACAGUCCUUUCACUCCAUAUUUAUUUUUUUUCAAAGCUAUUUGUAGCUCUUGCUCUUUCCUUAAAUCCAUAAGGGUGUUGACUUGGGGUGGAAGGGUUGUUUUUGUUUGGGGUUUUUUAAAUGUUAAGCUUGCAUCAAGGGCUUCUCAAAAGUACAAUAAUAAAUGCAUCCUCAGGUAGUAUUGGGAAUUAGAAAUUUACCUGUGAGAUUGUUGGUCAGACCAGUAUGUGAAAGGGGGGAUAUUGUAAGCAAUCAGUAUUUAGUAUAUUAUUGGAAACAUGAAAAAUUGAGUAUAGAAAAAUAAUAAUAUAUAAUGGAUCAUUUGUGUAUUUAAAAUACAGUAUGUGAUUGCUUUGUCCCCAUUAUUCUCUCCAUCUGGUAGAAUAUUGUUCUAAGGCAAUAUUGGAAUCCCCUUUGUAUUAGAAUGCAUGUAAAGUCUUCUAGUGUCCUGAUUAAAUACCAUGUGCUUGAAAGAUUGAAAAGUUAUACUUCUGCUUACUGAUGUGCCCAAAUAAUAUUUGCAUGAUCUGAUCAUUUAAGUGGCUGUGGUUCAAAGGGUAUUGCUGAAAGUGUCUUCAUUCAGUGAUACAGUGACUUGGUGUUUAUCAGGUAACAUGUACUUGCCUAAUAUUUGGCAUGGGUUUUCUAUUCAAUUUCUGCAUACUCGGUGUAACCCAGUUGUUUAGCAUAGUUCAUUUCAUCUGAGUCAGUAUAAUACAAACAUUCCAAAGCGUGUGUUUAAGCCAUAUUCACACCUCACCUUCAGUCAGUUUUGGGCAGCAAAUCUGUCCGCAUUUCAGAAUGACUUGGUGUGCUGCCUUCAGAUACUUGCAUUUGGGAGAUAACUCUGCUUUCGUAAAGGUCACCAAUAAAGCAAGAUUUCCAGGGAGUACUUUGUGACCCCCUUCUUGAUCGCUAGAAACAAAGUAAGACUCGUGAAAGAAAUGACCCAUGACCUGAUUGGGACUUGCAAUAUUAUCCCUUAUUUAGAGAAACGUGAAAGUUGGGAUUGAGGAGAAAGCAUAGCAUCCCUCUUUCAAGUCCAUUUAUACUGUAUAUGCAACCUUUUCCACAAGAUACAACUCAAGACACAUCUCACUGUUCAGAGAGAAAAAGCAGCUCUAGUGAACAUGCUCCUUUCUCCCAGCUAACUUAGCUACUUGGCUUUCAUCUAUUUGAAGUCAAGGAGACCAUGUACUGUAGUAGGUUUAGUGGAAUGCCCUAUAAACCAUGAGGUGUGCAUAAGGCUUAUAAUGCUAAACUGUAAGCAUUUUGUUUUGAUGUCCUGUAUAUGUAUGUAGUAGUUUGGGUGUGUAUAUACAGUAGUGUUUCAAAGUGGGUGUAUUGAUUAACCUAUUCUUGGAAAAGUUGACAAAUAUCCAUGUUAAAAUUGUUAGAAAGUUAGUGAGCUGCUCUGCUAUAUGCCUUAAGCAAAUAUUUACUCAUCAGGUCUUUCUUUUUUACAGAUUGCCAUAGAAUAAACAUUUUUUUAAAAAAAAAUUAAAAAUAAAAAACAAAGCUAAAUGUUUUGGUAUAAUACAUUUUCAGGUAUCCUGUCUUUUGUGUAAGGCGCUGCAAUGACCUCACAGUUUUCAGUAACUGUACAGUUUUUCAAUUUCCCAUACAAGUUUUCAGUUCUCAUUUUAGUUGCAUCAAUAAAACUUUUUUAAAGAAUGGA